AACACUUCUCUCCUUAAAUUUGAUUGGCUGCUAUCGUAACACAGAACUUAGAGGAGAAGAAUGAUUUAUUUUGGUGGAGUGAGAGUCUUCAAUGCCACAAAUCACUCGUUUCAUAGCGCAUGUACUGCCAGAUAACUGAUCAUAAUUUUCACAGAAUGAACUCAUAUUUUCCAGCUCCAUUUUUGGCGCAAUAUUCGACUGACAGCACACCGCAAUAUGCUGCCGGCUACUGUUCAAAUGGCUAUGGACUCUUAUCCUCGCGAUUUUCGGACUCUUCCGGGGGAUAUCAACUACAAGGGUGUGCGGGCUACGCCGGGGUGACCGGCCAAAACUUGACCACUGGUUCGUUUUCCCCACCACCCAGAUCAAACAGUGGCCUAAUACCGGGAUCCUCAUCUCACAGCGAUGGUGGAAUUUUGACACUGUCAAACAGAGUCGGGGGACAAGGGUCAGGCGACUCCAGGGUCCUGCCGAGUUCGUGUGGGGGUAGUCCCCACGGUGAGAAAUCUUCCCCUGUACCAACAUCGUUAUCAGUUUCCCCUCGCAGGUACGGUCCAGUCCCACAGCGAGCACACAGUCAGAAUCAGACGUGGGGAAACCCGGGACUCGGGGAUGCUUCACACCCCAUCCCCACCCACGUCCAGUCCCACGAUACCGGACAACUUACCCUGAACGGGCACCGAGAAGGCCAGCCCCUGGGUAGGGCAGAGGAACUUGAUCUCAGGACAGCUUCGGUAGGACAUUCUCCUCAGCUUCAUUGCUCCCCUCUUCACAUGCACGACGGACAGGCACGGCUACAACACAGUUCCCCGCCCCAGACGAUGAACGGUCUUCCCCCGGACCAUGCUGCACAGGUCGAUAACUCGCCCUUCUAUCCAUGGAUGGGAAUCGUUGGACCAAAUUCGGCGCAGAGACGGAGAGGGAGGCAAACUUACAGCCGGUAUCAGACACUGGAGUUAGAAAAGGAAUUCCAAUUCAACCACUAUCUCACCCGGAAACGAAGAAUAGAAGUUGCGCAUGCGCUCUGUCUGACUGAAAGACAGAUCAAAAUAUGGUUUCAGAACAGAAGAAUGAAAUUGAAAAAGGAACGUCAACAAAUCAAAGAACUCAAUGACAGUUACAAAAAGCCCGAUAUUAAAGAAGAUGUGGAUGAACUUGUGAGUGAUUGAUAUGUAGUUGUAUUAUUUUAAGACUUACGGACAGCAGGACAAUAGAAUCUCACUGAUCAGACGUUGAACUCCCAGAUACGAGAUAGCGAUUACAACGAGAAUUACGCCACGGGAAUCUGGCUCCUGAUGAAAAAUGGCCCCGUAGGAUCCGGAAUAAAACUUGAUUCCAACAAUCUGGCCUAGGCGGUCGAUAAAAUACAAGAAUCAUAAGAAGGUUUGAAAAGACGAGGAGCAGAGCGUAUAUUUACAUUUACGAGAUUUGCAAUCCUGCCCAUAGAGGUUGUACAUUUAAAUAGUGACUUAUUUUGUUGGUAAAAGUUGUGAUGUAGAUAAUGGGGCUGAAAUAAUAAUUUUAAUUUCGUUUUAAAAUAUUUUAGUGCUGGUCAACUGCUAUGUUUUCCUGCAUCAGGUAUUCGCUAGCUGGUAUGUUGGUAAAUUAUCUGUUUUCCAAGAUUGUGAAUAUUCAUUUGAUGUAAAUUAAUUAAUUAUAAGUGUAACGGUUGUUAUUGUGAGUUAGAUAUAUUGUAUUGAUUGUGCGGUGUGUAUGUGGGGGGUGAUCCCACCCCGAGUGCGCAGAUAUCAUGAACAAAUUGUUUUGUUGCUAAAACGGGUAAACCUCUGUUAUUCUUACAUAUGAAUACUGUAUUUAAAGUGAAUGUGUUUUUUUUUUGUUUCUUGCCAGUUGACACCACAAAAGUGACUCUCAUCACAGGCUAUUUUAAUCUUCGAGAAUUCAUCGAAAAACGUCCUUUAUUCAUAAGUAUUGUGACUUUUUGAAACCAAAGUAAACGAUAGCUUCUCCAAGCAGACAUUGAAAAUAUAAUUCUCAGUCUUAGCGCCAAAAACCCAAAUUGAGAUAGGACAGAGAAACAGCAUAUUGUGAUUGUGUGUAUAGCAUAGUGACAUCACAUACUUCUUUAGAAAUACUAGUUGUGUAACGCCUGGCUUCAUCUAGUCAAUUUCUGCCACAGUCUGUGAGAACACGCAAUACAAUGAGAUCCAUUUUCCCAAGACUUACUGUUCAGACUUACGGAAACGGUCACCUGUUUGUUUCGUGGAAGGAUUUCUUACCAAUGUCUUUUCUUGUACUUAAAGAAUAAAUCGUUGAUUCAAAGGUUGAAGGCAGGCGCCUUGUGAAGCAAUCUUUUUUUUGUUUUAAAUAAUCAGUACAAAAUCCAGUUGUGGCUUUUCGCUUUAAAGGUGUGGAAAUCCAGGAUAAACUGUGUGAUCGGUGAGUUUGUACCCUACAGUAUUAUUUGCUGGCUUCACUUUUGUGGUGUGUAACAUAUCCCAUGGUGAGAAAAUGCGACAGGGUUUCAGUGUAUCAUUAAUAUUUUGUAUGUUUGACGAGAAAUAUCAAUAACGAGAAAACAAAGAGUUUGUUUUUUUUUCUAGCGAGACUGGAUAAAUACCAUGAUUCCUCAGGAAGAUUUAUUGAUGGUGACUAUACUUACAUAACUAUAUAUUGUCAUCACAUUACAUUAUAUUCACCAUACAUAUUCAGCGUGACUGAAAUCACACAAGUGGAUCAAGCAUUUGUAUAUUAUGUAUUAGAUCGUAGUGUUCCGCAAUAAAAGCUAACU